UCUAUAAAUAUUCAUGAUUUUGAUUGUUCCCUUACAACUGAGAGCAGUACAGAGCAGUGUUGCUAUUGCAAUGGACACCCUUCAACUUGUUCAGACACGACCAUAUGCCACUUCCCUUGCUUUGGGUGCUGUGUUUCUCUUCUUCUUGUUUUGGUUCACCACCAAACGUUCCAACCUUCCCACAGUACCAGCGGUUCCAGGGCUUCCAGUGAUAGGGAAUCUGCUGCAAUUGAAGGAGAAGAAACCUUAUAAUACAUUCAUCCAAAUGGCUGAGAAAUAUGGGCCAAUUUAUUCAAUCAGAACUGGUGCUUCCACCCUCAUUGUUCUCAACUCUGCCCAGCUUGCCAAGGAGGCAAUGGUGACCAGAUAUUCAUCAAUUUCGUCAAGGAAGCUAUCAAGUGCGCUACAUAUUUUGUCUUCCAAUAAAUGUAUGGUUGCUACGAGUGACUACAAUGAAUUUCACAAAAUGAGUAAAAGACAUAUCCUUGCAAACGUUCUCGGAGCCAAUGCACAGAAGCGACAUCGUCUCCAUAGAGAAGUGAUGAUGGAAAACCUUUCGAGGCAGUUUAAUGAACAUGUCAAGACCACCUCUGAUUUGGCUGUUAAUUUUAGGGAAAUAUUUGCGUCUGAACUUUUUGGACUAGCAAUGAAGCAAGCUCUUGGAAGUGAUGUAGAAUCCAUUUAUGUGGAGGAGCUUCGGAGUACAUUGUCAAAAAAUGAUAUAUACAAGAUUCUCGUGCUUGAUAUAAUGGAGGGUGCUAUUGAGGUAGAUUGGCGAGAUUUCUUUCCAUACCUUAAAUGGAUUCCGAAUAAGGGCAUAGAGAUGAAGAUUCAGAAAUGGCAUGAUCGCAGAAAAGCUGUCAUGAAGGCCUUGAUGAAUGAGCAGAGAAAGCGAUUGGCCUCGGGAAAGGAAGAAAAUUGUUAUUUUGACUACCUGUUGUCUCAAGCUAAAGAAUUGACUGAAGAACAACUUUACAUGUUGAUAUGGGAGACCAUUCUUGAAACAGCUGAUACAACCUUAGUUACAACAGAAUGGGCUAUGUAUGAACUUGCUAAAGAUAAAAAUCGCCAGGAGCGUUUGUAUGAGGAGCUCCAAAAUGUAUUUGAACAUGAAAAAUUUAUAGAAGGCCAAUUAGCUAAGCUACCUUAUUUAGGUGCUGUGUUCCAUGAAACUUUAAGGAAGCAUAGUCCUGUUCCAAUUGUCCCACUAAGAUAUGCUCAUGAAGAUACCGAGUUGGGUGGAUAUCAUAUUCCUAAAGGAAGCGAGAUUGCAAUAAAUAUAUAUGGAUGCAACAUGGACAAGAAGCAGUGGGAAAAUCCUCAGCAGUGGUCACCUGAGAGAUUUCUUGAUGAGAAAUAUGACAACGCGGAUUUUUACAAGACAAUGGCCUUCGGAGCAGGGAAGAGGGUGUGUGCGGGGUCUCUUCAGGCCAUCACAAUAGCUUGCACAACAAUUGGCACAUUGGUUCAGGAAUUCGAGUGGAAGCUCGGACAAGGGGAGGAGGAAGAGAGUGUGGUACAACGGGCCUUACCACCCACAGGUUCCAUCCUUUGCAAGUCAAACUCAAGCCAAGAAAAUAAGUAAGAAGAUCGAUGGACUAGCGGUUGAUUUGGUAGCUAUUUCCACUCUGUACUUUAAUAUGAGCAACUUUAUAAAAUAAAAUUCCCUCAGAAGAUGGAGUAAGGCUUUAAUAUUUGGUCCUCUAUUUUUCAAUAUAAAUAAAUCAUCUUUCAAAAAAAUAUAUAUAUAUAAAUAAAUCAUCCAGUCAUGUUUCGGAAACCCAUAAAUUGAUUUAAGAGUGCUGAUUUGACAUCAUCUUGAGUUGGUUAAAUAAAAGAAAGGCAUAGUUCUUUCCCUCCCCCUUUUUGGUGUGUUAUUUCCUCUGUUGGGGGGAGAAUAGACCUGUGAUUUUUUCUCCCUGAACACAAGGUUGGUUGAGCAAAGCCAGAAGCA